AUGAGCACCUCAGAGUGGCUGCUGGCAGAAAAGCAAAAUUCAACUCACCGAUUCCGCACACGCUUUAAUGGAGAACAGCUAGGAGCACUAAGAGAUGUAUUUGAAAGGACCAGGUACCCACAUUUGUUCCUCAUAAGAACACUUGCUUCAACUAUUCAUCUUGACGAGUCAGUUAUAAAGACGUGGUUUAAAAACCAACGUGUCAAAAGGAGGAGGGAGGAGAAUCAGCUUCGGCAAAAUGUGUCACCAGGAGACCCACAUCAGGUUGUUUCCGUGAAGGAGGAAGAGAUGCCCUUACCGGGCACUUCAGGAAGCACUCAUCCCACGAGUCUCAGCCUUUCAGAUGAUUCUCAUCACGAGCUCCCUGCGCUUUCUUACGCUGAGCAGUGUGAAGGGGCUGCUGCCCCUCCAUGCCCUUCAUCCUGCAAUUUCCAGACUGAUCACCUCCCACAGAUAGAUCUCAGAGACGCUGAUCCUCCUUGGGCCUCCAUUCCUUAUGACCUGGAUGAGCUUAUACAGUUAUACGACUUACCUGGGGAUGAUGACCCCAGCAGUCUGGAUCAGUACCUCCUCCCAGAGUGCUCCAGCUGGGGUCCUGUGGUCGGCGCUGAGCACCAUGGUGAUGGCGAGCACAGCUACAGUCCUGAGGAAGUUCCGUGAUCCGAUACCUUUUAAAGAUGGUUUUAUCUGUGUAUGUUUGGCUCUGCAGGGUCUCUGUUGCUGCAUGGGCUCUUCUCUCCUUGCGGGGGAUGGAGCUGCUCUCUGGUUGUGGUGCUCGGGCUUCUCACUGUGGUGGCUUCUC